UCUUUACAGCCCAGAGUUCGCGUCAGAGUCGAUUGAGUGGCCAGCUCUCGCCUUCUCGUCCUGUUUCUGCGGCCCGUCCACGCGAUGUGGCCAACGGGCCAACGCUGCUCGUCGCAUUCUCCUCUUGUGCUCCAGCAUGCCGUUACAUGAUGCGAAGAAUCGUCCCCCGCAGGGCACCGGACGGAGCAUGGCGUCAAACCUGUCUCCAGACCCAUAUUGUCCGCGACAUCCCAUCAUUGUUCACACCCACCGCUUUCCGAGGAAUUCGCUGUCGAAGCUGCAAGCCAGUCUAGCUGCCUGCGGCCCUGCGAGCCAGACAGUCCCUUGCUGACGACCGUUGCACUGCAUGACACGACUUGGCCUGGGCCUCGGCACUGCACUGGGCCAGCAUCAGGCAUAUGACACCCUUUUCUACGGCUGCACCCCAGACGUUCCCACACUCUGCGUACGAGGACGCCCAAGACUGCACUGGUCCCUAAAAUCCCGGGUGGCGUCCGGCGUGCUGUGAUGACCAUGGCACGAGGUAACUGGUUUUGUCAUUCCUUACAACCAGAGAAUCUGCCAGCAGCAAGUUCUGUUCCGAACCUGCCUAACGCAGUAUGGUGGCCCUGCGGCCGCACCAACCGUUCUCCCAGCCAUUGCGCAUGGUCUGCUUCUCUACCCCCCAUACACAAGCGCCUUCCAGGCAUAGUGUGCGUACGUUGAGUGCCUUGCCUGUCAAGCUGUUCAUUGAAUGGUCCCGUUGGGUGCUUCCCACAGCGGUGACGUUCCUGAGGUUUGCGCUCCUCCUCCUGCACUCACGCGAACACUGGCCACUGAAUCACGUCGCAGGUCCUACUCCGCACUCAGGAUUCGCACCUCCCAGGACUCGACCCCCGCGAUCUUGCAAAUGUGCUGCAGAAGCCGCCGCGUACGGCACCCUCGGCGAGUCACCCUGGCUUCGCGCUUCUCAACGCAAUAGAUUGCACCGCCCAAGAUCAUCAGAAGGCCGACGUCGCACGUUCGAUCUCGAUCCGAUACACUGCCCGCCCGCAGCGCGGACGACACACCUGGACUGUGCAGGCUCUGCAAGGACUCGCUGUUCAGUUGGUCCGCGAGCAUUUCAUGGUGCGUAACGCCACAGACCUACUCCCGCGUCGAGCAGUCCAUGGAGCACUCCAGGCUUCUCACUGCAGGGAUGGAAGCUGCGCACACACGAUCGAUCUCGCGGGACAUGUACACUAUCCCAUCUAUAGGGACGCCGGUUGGGAUGCAGC